AUGGCGACGUCGUCGUCUCCGACCGCGAUUCCCUCCCCGACGCUCGCGCGCACGUCCUCGGGCGAGCUCGCGGACCCCGCGAUCGAUUUACGGGCGUACGCGAUGCGGGACGUGCGACGACAGCUCAGUGACGUCCGCGGAUGCGCGCUGGUGCCGCGACCGAACUCCCCGGCGGGGACGAACCGGGCGCCCAUCGUCGUGAUCAAGGUUGGGACGUCGUCGCUCCUGCGAGGUGGGGUGGGUGGACACUUGAACUUGACGAAUUUCGCGGCGCUGGCGGAGACGAGCGCGAUUUUGCAAUCGCUCGGCAUGCGCGUCGUCGUCGUCACGAGCGGUGCGGUCGGUGUGGGGUGUCAGGUGCUGCAUAAGAAGAAACCGAGUGAUUUGGCGGGGAAACAAGCGCUGGCGGCGGUGGGGAUGGUGCGGUUGAUGCGGAUGUACGAUGACUUUUUUCAGUCGGUGGGUCAGACGUGCGCGCAGGUUCUGAUCUCGCUCGACAACAUCAUGGACAGACAGCAGUAUUGCAACGCGCAGAGCACGUUUAAGGCGUUACUGGCGCAGGACAUCAUCCCGAUAGUGAACGAAAACGACACAGUGGCGGUGCAGCACACAAAGUUUGGAGAUAACGACACGCUCAGCGCGCACGUGGCCGCGCUCGUGGACGCCGACUACCUCUUCUUGCUCACGGACGUUGACGGGAUUUAUACGGCGAAUCCGCACACUAAUCCAGACGCCGAGCGCAUUGAAGUGGUGGAAAAUAUCGAGGACUUGAACGUGUGCACGGCGGAAUCGGGUGAGAGCGGGCUUGGAACGGGCGGGAUGGCGACCAAGCUAUCCGCCGCGAGACUCGCCGCGGCGAGCGGCUGCAACACGAUCGUCAUGCACACCUCCUCCAUGCCAGAGAUGCCGGAAAUCAUCUUGAAGCAAAAGUCCGUUGGAACGCUCGUCCUCGCCAUGCCUCGUCCGUUGCGCGGGCGCAAGCGUUGGAUCUUGCUGCUCCCGGCGGUCGGCGAUCUCGUGGUGACGGAGCGCGCGGCGACGGCGCUCGAGAACAACAAGUCUCUCUUCUCCACGGCUCUGCUCGAGUGCCGAGGCGAUUUCACCGCGGAAGACGCCGUGCGUUUGCUCGUCAGGGAAGAGAGCGGCGAGGAGCGCGACUUGGGCCGCGCCAUCGUCAACUACGCCUCCGACGAGAUAGCCUCCUUCAUCGGCAAGACGUCGGAGGAGUUUUACGAAAUAGUCGGCUACGCCGGCGCCGAGAGCAUCGCCCACAGGAACAAUAUUUGCUGCUGGAUUCCGUUCGGACACGAGCCGAGCUCCGCUAAUCUCGUCGGUAUGAACGCUAGUUCUUCUGGGAGCUUGUCCGACGUGAACGCGAAGACUUAA